AUGUCCGUGAACACUUCUCGUCAUCAUAUGUUUACUGAACAAAACUCUACGUCUCCUAGUUUUUUCGACGACUUCAGCGACAAAAACCUCGAUUCCGCUGGUAGCAAACUCACUUUCUCGACAGCAGUGGUCAUCGCUCUCCUAUCAGUCCCAGCAGUAACGGGAAAUGCGUUGAUUUUAGCCACUAUCUGGAGGAGGACUUUUCUUAGAACAUCGUUCCAUUCUCUUCUUAGCGGAUUAGCAGUCACUGACUUACUAACAGGACUUAUUUCCCAGCCUUUGUACGCUUCUUUCCACUUGAUAAAUAGAAAAAACGCGACAGUAAAACAAGAUAAUCAUGAGGUAGUAAGUGUCCUUGGAAAAAUCGCUGGAUUUAGCACCUACCUCUUUGUCAACAUCACUGUUGCUACCAUGACAGUAAUGUCCAUUGAGCGGUGGUUGCAUAUGUCUAGGAGAUCUCUUACAACAUCCCAUCGCCGAUAUUGCGCUGCUAUCGUAAUAUUACUCUUUCCAAUCCCUUCACUAGUUGUCUACAUUUUAACUUUUAGGGAACCGGCGUUUUGGUAUACCUUAUGUAAAAUAACAAUUGCAACAUCUUCGUUUUGUUAUCUCAUCAUAUCGUUCGCCUAUUUUAAGGUUUAUCAAAUUAUUCGUCGUCACCAGCUUCAAACUCAGGCCACUGUAAUAUCUCAGAACUUUGGUCAACCCGCAAUAGACUUGGCAAAGUACAAGAAAUCUGUGGCAACCAUGCUGUAUAUCUUUUUGCUUCUUUCUAUGUGUUUCUUACCUUUUUUUGUAUCUAGUGUGUUAUCUUUAUUAAUUACAGGUGAGGUGAAACAAAGCUCUAUAGACCUGUCAAUGGUGCUCGUAUUUCUGUCUUCGUCGCUCAACCCAGGGUUGUACCUUUGGAGAAUGAGGGACAUUCGUAGAGGUCUUAAACAGCUAUUAGCUAGCUUAAGAACAUAA